AUGCCCGGGAGAAGGGGCUCCCCUCCCUACUCGGAACGCCAUCCGGGGUGCUUCUCCUCAGCCCCCGCCUGCUCUCAGUCCUGCCCAGACUGGGAGCCCCCACGGCCCUCGCCGCUGCUGUGCCGGGACAUGGCCCUGCAGAACGCCCUGUACACCGGAGACCUGGCCAGGCUGCUGGAGCUGUUCCCCCCGCUCAGUACAGCCGACCUGCUGCUGGAGAGCCGGGCUGCUGAGCCUCGAUGGAGCAGCCACCAGAGAGGACUCUGGUCUCUGACUUACGAAGAGGAGCUGACCACCCCACUGCACGUGGCAGCCAGCCGGGGCCACGCGGAGAUUGUGCAGCUGCUGCUGAGGCGGCGGGCAAGGCCAGACAGCGCCCCUGGGGGCCGCACCGCCCUGCAUGAGGCCUGUGCCGCAGGCCACACGGCCUGUGUCCACGCGCUGCUGGUGGCAGGAGCCGACCCCGACAUCCCUGACCAGGAUGGGAAACGCCCCUUGCACCUCUGCCGGGGGGCUGGCACCCUCGAAUGUGCAGAGCUGCUCCUGAGGUUUGGGGCGAAAGUGGAUGGUCGGUCCGAGGAGGACGAGGAGACCCCUUUGCACGUGGCCGCCCGGCUUGGCCACGUGGAGCUGGCAGACCUACUUCUAAGACGGGGCGCAGACCCAGAUGCCCGGGACGCUGAAGGCUGGACACCGCUGCUGGCUGCAUGUGACACCCGCUGCACACCCCCCACCGCUCCCGAGGCCACCGCAGCCCACUGCCUCCAGCUGUGCCGCCUGCUGCUCUCAGCCGGCGCCGACCCCGACGCUGCCGACCAGGACAGGCGGCGGCCGCUGCAUCUGGCCUGCCUCCGCGGCUACGGGGCCAUCGUGGAGCUGCUCCUGUCCUGCGGUGUCAGUGUCAACGCCAUGGACUAUGGGGGACACACAGCCCUGCACUGUGCUCUGCAGGGUCCCCCCAUGGCCCUGGCCCAGAGCCCAGAGCAUGCAGUGCGAGCGCUGCUCAACCACGGUGCUGUCCGGAUCUGGCCGGGGGCUCUCCCCAAGGUGCUGGAACGCUGGUGCUCGUCCCCACGCACCAUCGAGGUCCUGAUGAACACCUACAGCGCCAUGAAGCUUCCUGCGGAGGCUGCGGGGCUGGUUCCUCCUGAAAUUCUGCAGAAGCACCACCGUUUCUACUCCUCCCUCUUCGCCUUGGCGAGGCAGCCCAGAUCGCUGCAGCACCUGAGCCGCUGUGUGCUCCGAGCUCACCUGGAGGCCUGCCUGCCCCGUGCCCUGGCCCGCCUGCCCCUGCCACCCCGCCUGCUCCGCUACCUGCAGCUGGACUUUGAGGACGUGCUCUACUAG